GCCAUUCGGUCGGUAAGUAAAUUAUUAGAUCGGCUGCUUAUGAUUACAUAAUACUUAAAGCCCUCUGUAGUAGGCAUGUAGUAACGUUACUGUAGAUAGGCAUGCAUACAAUGCAAAGUAUUUGCUCACUGGUUUGCUGCGUUUGAAGAGGGACUGUUCUAGAACUCGUAUUGGAGAAUGGGGUCUCUCAGACAAUAAGCCUCACGGAGCAUCACCUUACACCGGGGUUCCCCAACUGGUGAUUUUAUUUGCCCCCCCCCCCCCCUUUAAUUUUGUUUCAUUGUUGGACAUAAAAUAGUAAAAACACCAGCAAAUCAGCUCAAAGUGAUUUACAUUUAGGAAAGUUUUCCCACGCAUAAUAGAGAAAUGGAUAUGAUCGUAUACAAACGUAAGCAAGGUUUGAAACGAUUGUUUUAGUCAAAUGUUAUGUCUGUGUUGGCUUCUUGCGGUCAAUUUGUAGUCUACAAAUGAUUUGUAAUUAUGUUCCGGCCCCCUGACCAUCCGCUCCCCCAAAAUUGUCCCGCAGCUGAAUUUAGUUGAUGAUCCCUGCCUUACACAGCUCAAUUGUAGACUACAGGUAUCAAUGUAUUGAUGACCUGGGUCUAAGAUAUGUAAACAUAUAAGCCAUGUUGGCAGCCCACAGAAGACAUCAAGUUUGAUCUGUUUGCUCUUAUCGGGUUCUGUGUCGGGCAAUUUUUGAUUUGUAAACUGUUGGUCUCACAGGUAACCUAAGCCGUGGCCAGAAAAGGGGCAUUUGCCGGUGGCAUCCUGGUUUGGAGACCUUCCUGAUAGGCUACCUCUCUCUGACAUUCAGAGCGAGGUUACAUAUCUGGGAGGUUUGACUAGCCUUUCGGGUUUUAUUUAUUACUCAUCCUAAACUGACAGCAAAAUUAAAUGUAUGCUGUUUUAUUCAAUGUACCUCAUGUAGAUAGGAUUUUGUUUGCGAAGGUCUAGUUGUCGAUUUGUGUGGAUUCUGCCCAUGGUCGUCACCAUGCUUUUAGGUAGGAGUACAAUAGCAGCACAGUAUUAUUUGAGAUAGUCUUUCAUACUACUGUGUCUGGUUAUAUUAAUUCAAAAGACAACAAGUAGCCUAGUGUCUGUCUCUCUCCUGAGGCCUGUUCUGGAAAAAUGAAAUCAUUUUCUCUUUAAUUUCUUGUUUAACCCUCAAAUACCUCUUGUCCUUUCUGUGUCAAUCCAUUUCAAUUCAGCAAGCCAUGACACCCACCCACCGUGCUUCUACACCUGCAUUGCUUGCUGUUUGGGUCUUGGGCUGGGUUUCUGUACAGCACUUUGAGAUAUCAGCUGAUGUACGAAGGGCUAUAUAAAUACAUUUGGUUUGAUUUGAUCUCACAUUAUUCUCAAAUCGUUUCAGUAGUUACAAAAAUACGAUUCCUACAACAUUAUUUUUGAUGAAAUGUAAUUUGAUCUCUGAUAUCAAAUUGAGCUAUAAUUGCACCCAAAUUGACCAUUUUAAUUUAUAGGAUUCAUAUACUAUUCAGUAAAUAUAAUACCUAACAUCUUAUUUUGACAACUUUUUUGUUCAAAAGCUACCCACUGAUCCCACGCACCCCACUCCAAUCCCAGCACAACAGUGCGUAUACUGUAUCAGUUCUCUAUGUUUAGUAGUAUGGAGCUGCGGCUCUGAGUAUUGUUUCUUCAUCCUAUGUAAUGUAUUCUCAGUGAAUUCAGUGAUGGUUUUCUUCCCUUGUUCAGAGAAAUUUGUCAUUGAAGUUAAGUUUGUCCCAUCCUACAUCCUCAUAUUGCCAGGUCUGACCACUAGAUGACGUUGCUCCUGCUAAUAGGUGAAAAGGGUUGGAAGAUUCCUCCCUCAAUGUUAAAGGGAUAGUUCACCCAAAUGACAAAAUAACAUUGGUUUCCUUACCCUGUAAGCAGUCUACUCAUAGGUUGCACCUCCGUCACUCAGUCGCGUUAUGAACGUUCUCAAGCCGCUCUCUAUCAGCCCAUUCAUUCUGGAUGGAGGCUAACGGUUUAAUCUACAUUACACUAUAGUGCCUGUAAAUACAAUGGCAUUGCAAAAGUAGUCAUAUUUAGUAGGAAACAACUUUUUCAGCAUUAUCAUGUCAUCAAAUUUACUUUAGACAGAUGGUAAUGUUGUUAUGAGCUAUUUAAGUUUGUCAAACAGAGCUAACAAUGCUAACUUUAUCCAGCUAAAAUCCAGUGGCCUCCCCUCAAUCUUAGCUAGCUAAUGUUCUACUGGAUCUAAAGUCAAUAUGUUGACCUCAAAAUGAUGACAAAAGGUUUUCCUACUAAUUAUUUGCCUCCUUCUGAAUUUCAUUGUAUUUCUAAGCCACUGUAAUGCACUUUUGAUUAAAUCUUCAUCAGCACUCAUUGACGAUGCAUUGCGUAGAAUGCUCAGUAUCAGUCCAAAACAAAUGUUCAAAACAAUAUUUUGACAAAACAUGCAACCAAUGAAUUAAUAAGGUAUGACAUCAACCCAUGCUUUGGUUUUGUUGGCCAUGGUUUCAAAUGCUAACUUUUAAGCAUUUGUGGCACAAAUCCAAUUCAAGUCAAUGGUACCUAUAUUAGCAUUUUCACACUUCAUGUUUGCCACAAAUGCAAAAAAGUUAGCAUUUGAAACCGUGGCCAGGUAAACAAAAUAAUGGCUUGCUGUCAUACAUUGUCCAUAGACUGCUUACAUGGUAAGGAAAUCAAUAUGUAAUUUGGGUGAACUAUCCCUUAAACAUUGAGGGGUUCUUAAAAAAAAUAACUUAAAAGCUGGAACAGCACCAUUUAGUGGUCAGAACCUGGUAUUAUCAGGAUGUGGGAUGGGACAUAAACCUAACAACGUCAAUGACUAAUUGAACAGGGAAAAACAAAACAAAUUCACUGAAAAUACAUUACAUAGGAUGAAGAAACAAUACUCCAAGCUGCAGCUCCAUACUGCUUGUCAAACACAGAGAACUGAUACUGUAUAGUCCUUGUUGGGAUUGGUGUGGCGGGUCCGUGGGAGGCUUUUGACAAUUUCUUUGGAUUCUUCAUGUCUUACUCAUUGUUAGAAAAAAAAGUUUGGUCCAAAUCAAAUGUUAGUUCCUAUAUUUAUUGAAUAUAAUACAAUUAAAUAAAAAUUGCCAAUUUGAAUGGUAAUCUUAUCCGUUACUAGCAACAAAAUAGGUUUCAGAACAAUCGUGUGGCGUGUAGGAGAAUACUAUAAGCCCUAGGCCUAUAUUGUCUCAACUGACUUUUUCCAAUGGCUCUCCUUAGGUUUUGACUAUAGCCUAUAUGUAGUAUUGUCUAUGUCACACCGACAUUAUUUGAGGCUUUUCAUUUGGGUUUAUUAUCUGAGUGGUCUUGCAAUUGAACCAAUAGACAUGUUUUCCUCGGGACUGUCUAAAUAUGGUUAAAAUGGACCCUAGUAAUCCCAUAAUGACUGCCAAAUCGGCACUCUCUCUCACCAUAAUCCCCUUUUGGAAAAAUCUCUCAUAUGAUGAACAACAGUGACACACUGUCUCUUUAAGAAUGAGAAGAAUGAUCUGUCUAUUGUGACAUUACAGACACAUCACUGUGGAAUAGCAGCAGAGGAACCGCCUGCAAAUACAAUAUUUUGAGAGCCUCUCAAUCUGCAGUGUCUGGAUGCCGAUGGUGCAGAAGUUAGGCUACUGGUGUGUUCUUCUGAGCCAGCUUGAUCAUACCUGAGCCAGCUUGAUCUUAUUCAUUGAGUUUUCCCUCUGGAGUUUUUCUUGUUUGGAAAGCCCUUUGAUGGUGGAAAGAGGAUGGACCAUGGCAGCCAGCAGCAGCAGCAGCAGCACCCAGCCAUGAUACGGCUCUAUGAGGUCCAGCGGGAGGUCCAGUCUCUGGGCCCUCAGGUGUGCACCUUCAGCGGGUUGAAAAACGAGCGGGAGUAUCGGCGGCUGGAGCGCGAGCUGACCCGGCUGCUCCUGGAGGUCGACCAGGUGGACACGGAGGGCAGGGCAGACCUACAGGGAGCACGCAAGAGAGCAGCCCAGGAGGUGGAGGGGCUGCUGCGCUACCUUGAGGAGAACGCCACCCACCCGUCCCGCCUGGCCAUCGAGGAGCUGAGCCGGGAGGCCCAGGGGCUGGUGGAGCAGGGGGUGGUGGAACCGCAGCGGGCCGGGGGCACAGCAGAGAUCAGUGAUGAGCUGGUGGAUGCCGUGCAGGAGCUGAUACUGAGGCUCACCCAGGUGAAGACAGGAGGGAGGGUGCCCCUCCGUAAGGCUCGCUAUCGGGCCCUGACACGACUGUGUGCCGUGCAGGACGUGAUCGAGGGGCGCACGCGCCAGCAGACCCUCCCCCUGUCAGAAGAUACACACGUGGCCGUGCAGAGGAUCAACCAGGUGAUGAUGCAGGUGAGUGGGGCGCGCAGCCAGCUGGUGGCACUGCUGAUGGGGCUGAGUGGGAGGGAUAGCUGUGCCCACCUGUCCCGCGUGCUCACUGAGCUCCUGGUGGAGCUGGAUGCCCUCGAUGUGUCGGGGAACGCAGCGGUCCGGAACUACCGCAAACAGGUGGUGGAGGAGAUCAACGGUCUGCUGAAACACCUGGACCUGGAGGGAGAGGGAGACGACACGCGCAGGUAUGACUUGGCGCAGAAUGACUCAAUCCGUCAGAUUGAGGCUGUGCGGGGUCGGGUGGGCCAGCUGCGCGGGGAGGUCCUGCGACAUUGUGGGGUGGGCGACCUCUUCAGGCCCAAGCCUGAGCUCCAGAGUCUCCUCACACACCUGGACCAGGUGGACACGGCCCGUAACCCCUGUAUCCGUGAGGCCCGCCGACGUGCUGUGCUGGAGGUCCAGGCUGUCAUCACCUUCCUGGACCUCCGUGAGGCCCUGAUCUGCCGCCAGCCUGGCUCCAACGAGCCCCCACAACACAGGGCUGUGUGGAUGGUCCUGGGCAGCCUGUCAGACCUCCAGGCCCAGGUACUCUGCUUCAACGGCAAGCGGGCCGACAAGAGCUACAUAUUGCUUGAGGAGCUUCUGACUAAACAGCUGCUGGCCCUGGAUGCAGUUGACCCACAGGGUGAUGAGAUGACCAAAGUGGCCCGCAAGCAGGCAGUCAAGUUUGCCCAGAACAUCCUCAGCUAUCUGGACAUGAAGACAGACGAGUGGGAAUACUGAUCCACUGGAAAAGACUAUACAUAGCUGAAGUAUGCGUACGCCGACCUAUUAAAUUGUAUAUAUACACUGGUGUAUCAUCACUCUAAGAGUUGGGGUCUGUACAUUUAGACUAAAUCCCAGAAUGCACUGCAGCAGCGCUUUUGGUCUCUUUGUUGUCAUUGUCGCUGGCCUGUGGGUAAAAACAACAACCCAAGAAACAUUUUGUGAAAUACAAUUUGGAGAAAAGUGUUAUGACGUGCUUUUGAAAGUUUAUUGAGCAUCUUUUUGAAAUCUACUGUAUGUGUAUGAGUUUUGAUCAGUGUUGUGUGGUUGUAAAGCCUGCGGCCAAAAGCACUGAAGCCUGUUAGAGUAGUUAAGAUCCAGUCACGUCGUCUGUUUUUCAAAAGCAGGAGUGGGACUAGAGUAAUUACAUCUCAAUGGUAUCCAUGUUUUGCUUGACUACUUUGGAGGUCAGUUGUAAAUUAAGUCAGCCAAACGAUGUCUGUGAUGUCUCGAAGUACUUCUUUACCGAGAUGAACAGAGAGUGUACAUCAGCACUGUGAGACAAGAUCUUCACCUGUUCAUUUAGCUUAUCCUCUGCUCUCUUUCUUCCUUUACUCAACACUUCUGAGGCAAACUCCCCAUAACCAUGGCUGGACACACCAGUCUCUGGCAACUGUUCAGGUGACAAAUGAAAAGGAGAGCUUCUUCAUGGCUUUACCCACUGUCCUCCAUGGGCAUGGAACUCAGUGAAGUUAAACGGCCUGUGAGAUCCUUUGUCAACUUGGAGGGUUAGUUAAAGGCCUAUUUAUAAAGAAUGAAUAUUUGUAGACACGAUAAAUUACUAUGUUUGUCUGUAAUUUGUAGCUAAAUGUUGAUUGUGACUUGUGUGUUUGCGAGGCUAUAUCUUGUCUGCAUUGAAUUUAGUGAAGGGGAAAAACAGAGUGUGGAGGUGGUUUUGUUUUUGUCUGUGACGUUUCUAUUGUCAGAGGAGUAUGUCUGGGAGCCCUGGUGAGGGUCACUGAUUUUUACCUUACUAUUAUUAUAGCUGUUGACAGUGAUCACAGUGGACAGGGCAGUCUAAAACCGCUUCAGCAGAGGUAGGGAGCUAUUAGUAAAAAAAAUCUGUCUUCCCCCCCUUCUGGUGUUUUUAUCCCAAACAAAGCAACCCCCACCAUACUCCACACACAAGCUAGGGAGGGACUGGCUGCUACCUUUUACAAAAUAAUCCUGAAUGCACAAAGACCAGAAAAAGCACUAAAUGGGUGACAGGAGCACCUAGGCUAUUGUCACCGUGAGAAAUUUGCACUUUUUUACAAAUUUUCAGUAUUAUACCUCAACUGUUCGUAAAUGGACCCCUGCAUGCCUGGUAUAUAGCCCUAAGUACUAACAGAGCAUAAACAGUCCUCAGUUAACUCCCACAGAACUCCCAGACUCUCAACAUGACAGGGGUUAUUCAACCCUUCCCCUGCUGCUGUUGAAAAACAUAUGGCACAAAAACAGUGAAAUACAGCUACACGGACAUGGGAUGUCUGACUCAUAAGUGAGAUAAUGAUUCGAUUAGACAGUGUUCAGUGUGGCCUUCAUGUAAUGGGUGUUUGUUCACACAGCAAACCUAAUGCUGUCUCAAAACAGCCAACCCUGCCAGAUCAGAGGCUAACACUAGCUACUGUUAUAAUUCUCCUCUUGAUCUGCUCACAUACCAGUAGGUGUGAUUAUCAACACACAGUUGCACACAACCUUGCAAAAAUUGAACAUACCUCUUAUCUGAAAGCAAUGCAAGGUGUUCUAUCUGAACUACGUAUGCAUCAGUUGCAUCCAGUGUUUGAAAAUGCAUUGAACAUUUUAGGGGUAGAAUGUAUAAUUUUGUCAGUGAAGAAUACCAAAGCUGAUUUAUUUCAAGGAAACUUUUUUAUGUUCUUUACUCUGUGGUGGACCUUUUGGUUUGCUUAUUUUGCAAAUGGCAGGAAUGUGUCUGUGGGGUACAGUAUUAAAUGUUUUAAUUUGACGAUCUGUUUCUCCAGUCGCCUUUGACUAAGUGGAUUGUGACAGGCUCUGCUGUGUUUCUCAUACAAGAUGCACGUGUACAAACGCACACUGAGGUUUAAAUGAUGUGUGAAUGCUUCAAUUAUAUGUUUGUUUGACUUUUUAUUCCCACUCCAAAAUAAAUUUUAAAAAAGGUGUGUCCCGGA